ACUCACUCGAAAACUGUGAUUUGAAUUCGAAUUCCCGAGCGAAGGCGGUAAGUGUCAUUGUUAACUUGUCAAUCAGAGCACUGCAUCGCAAAUACUAACUACGACGAGUGCAUGGCAAUUGUCUUAUCUACGGAAGUGCUUAAAAGGUCACGAAAGCUCCGCCCCCAAAAGAUGUUUUGGAGGUCAAGCCUUUCACACGCAAUAUUCGUACCGUAAUUUUGAGUGAAGCUUAACGGGAAUUCACCUCAGGAGUAGAAUUUGAAUUCAUGAUUCUAAUCAUGUUCUAGUUUGGUUUCACACGUGCUAAAAAUUCGUCAUUAGCCUUAUUUUUCACUGCAAUCAUCAUUCAAAUUACGAUUUUUUUUACCGUGUGAAAGGGCGGUAAGUCACGGUCAUGUUUUUCACUGAACAGACUCGAAAAGUUCCUAAAACCUCUUCCCAACUAACAUGCCAUAACUCUGGUAAAAUAAUAUUUGUAUGAUCAUCGUGACUCCAUAAAAAUAGUUCUAUUUUUUGGUCACAUCUGCACGCCUAAUUAUCUUAAAUGACGAUUUGCCUUAUCUACAAUAGCCUCAAUAUUAGCUAAUAGAUGAUAUCGUGCAAAGUCCAGCAUAUGAUCACCUACCACCAGUCUCCUACAGUCUCCCAAUUGUGAUUUUAUCAUAAGGAAAUAGUGGAUAUAAGCACAAAUAUCAGAAUCACCAAAGCAAAACGGUCAGUCCACAUAACGUGCUUUGUCGUUCUUUAAUUUCAAGACAAUUUCCUAGAGAAUGAGGAUCUUAAUAACCAUUGGCCUGUUCUUAUCGGCAAUGGGCGCGGUCCAUUGUAUCGAUAGCAGACUACAAACCAUCCCCGACAAGUACAUCGUGGUCCUUAAUGAUGGUGAGGAAUUGGAUUCGUUACUCAACCGAAUAGGGCAAGAUAUGGUUCCUCUUUCGGGCAAGUUUUCUGUGUUUAAGAAAUAUCGCAAAGCGCUUAAUGGAUUCGCUGUUGAGAUGUCGGAAGAUGUCGUUCAAAGGGUACUCGAAUUACCCGCUGUAAAGUAUAUCGAACAAGAUUCAAUCGUAAUCGUUGAUGUCGCUUCAUCGUCGUGGGGACUUGACCGCAUCGACCAGCAUAAUCUUCCUCUCGAUAACGAUUUCAACAUCGAAGGUGAUGGUGAGGGUGUGACUGUUUACGUGUUGGAUACUGGAGUUCGAGAUACUCAUGAUGAGUUCGGAGGUCGAGUGAGUCACGGUGGAGAUUACGUCGGAGACGAAUGGAACAGCAUAGAUUGUCAUGGACACGGGACACACUGUGCAGGUACUGCAGCGGGAGGUAUCCAUGGAAUUGCAAGGAAAGCUGAUAUCGUAUCCAUCAGGUUGUUCGACUGCGCCGGCAGAGGUUCGACAUCCGCCAUGAUUGCAGGCAUUGAUGAAGUAACUGACACUGCAGUACACCCCGCCGUCAUGUCAAUGUCAUUUGGGUCUCUGAGAAAUCAGGCAGUUGACGACGCUGUCGCUCGGGCCGUCGACGUCGGAAUCGUUGCCGUAGCUGCAGCUGGUAACGACAACACGGAAGCCUGUUUGUAUUCCCCUGCAGGAGAACCAAAGGCAAUCACUGUUGGGGCUUCUGAUAUUGCUGACCAUCGGGCGAGUUUCUCUAAUUUUGGAUCUUGUUUAGAUAUUUACGCCCCCGGUGUGGACAUCAUCAGUUCUUCGCCUGCCUCUGAUAGUGCUAUUGCUAUAUGGAGUGGUACCAGUAUGGCUGCACCUCAUGUUGCCGGUGCUGCCGCCGUUCAUCUCGGUAAUGGUGUUCCUCCCGCUGAAGUCCUUACCCAUCUUCUUCAAGACGCUUCUCAAAAUGUCAUCUACAACAACGAAUUCUCUACGAACAGACUUCUUUAUCUGAACUAAAGGGGAUGAUAUUCAAAUUAGAAGCAAGAACAGAUGAUGCACAGAAAUUCAAGUAUUUGAAUUUAUCAAGAAAGAAUUGGACAAUCUGUAUACAUGUAUACAUUAUCAAAUUUAAUCGUUAAAACGGAAUAUCAACCAUGUCAACGGAAUCGCACAAUCUGUCUAUAAAGUAUCAACAUUUCUCUUUAAAGCUUAUUUAAUGUAGUUGUACCAAACAAUGAUUCAAUGAGAAAGUCUAUCAACCAAGAUCAGUCGUCAACAGAUAUCAUCAUCAAUCGAAAUCUAGUUCGUUACAUUUGCAUAAAACCUUACUCUACGACUCAUGAAAUGUAAACUGAAAAUAAUCACACUGAAAAUCACCAAAAGAGAUAAGCACAUCAAUUAUUUGUGUCAUAAAUCAUGAUCCAAGUCAGACUUGAUAUGCAUACCUUUUUAAAUUAGGCCUUAUUAUUAUUCAAUGUAGUCUAUUCGACUAAAGUUAGAUCAAGGUAGAAUUAUACCUUUCGUGUUUCGUUUGAGUUAAGAAGCCAUAGGCUUACACGGGUAUCCGUAUGUUACUCUUUCAAUCACUGCAAUUGUCAAAUAAAUCAAAGUGUCAAAUAAAUAAACAUGUGAAAUUAAAACUUAAAGUGAAACCUAUUUUUCACAAUCCCUAA